GGCUUCUUCCCUGCUGCCAUGUGCGUCGACACAUUCUGUGUAUACCUUAUAUCAUCCACCUUAUUACCGAUCACUUACCCUCCCAUCAACACGUCUCUUUGAUCUCAGUCGCCAUGCUUACUCUCUGUGAAUGUCCUGUCCGUUAAAAAAGACGGGGCGGUGAACCGUAUAUAUCGACGAGGCGCCUAUCCGAGCCGUGUCAGGUCACAAGUUUAGAUAAUAGGCGCUCAAUGAUGUGACUUACGUAGUUUUCCAUUACGUCCCUUGUUCGUUUCCAUCUCUCCUUCCUCUCACCCGACAACAAUGGGCGCUGCUGAAUCAAAGGACGCUACUCAGUCGAACGACUACAUCGUCGCCACGGAUGCCAAGGCCACAGUUUUUGUUCGGAGGUCGGAUGUUACUCAGUAUCAGGAUUUGGUUGCUGUUCUUCUCAACCAUUUCCCCAAUAUCAACACAACGUCAAUUGUCAUUCAAACCAACGAAAUGGAUAUCUGCGCUGGACGAGAUGUCGAUAUUCCGUCACAUCUGUGGCCAGAGAUCAGCCCUAAAAUCCGGAACAUCACCGUGGUCUCGCGCCCAGCCCACAAUUCAACAACAGUCGAAAGUGAUCGCUGGGUACCAGAGGGAGCAUGGGAAUAGCUACUGGCGAAUGAUACUUCUGCCCAGAGUUGUUAUAAUGAGCUAGACCGUUGAGGGAGAGAUUGUGCUUGCAAAGACGUAUUUCUCGACUUGACUGUGGAUAACAUUCCAGAACCGCACAUCUGGAAAUGGCACUCUUUUUGAAUUUACUUUCCUGGUAGCUCGCCCACCCGCCCGUCUGAUAUCAAAGACAAUGAAAUUUAGUUCUCGCCGCUGCCCCCUUUGACGGGACGAAAUAAAUACCACGUAUCACCCUCUGAGGAGGGGAAGCCACACUGCCCGA